AUGGCGGAAUCUCGAAAGCUCAGUCAAGCUCGUCACUCGGCUCAGUCGGCGGGCACAGCCCUUACCGCCGCCACUGAUACUUCACAGCGUGAUAACAGGGACCGAUCCGAACAGCAGCGGGAGGCACGCACUGAAUACUCUGACCGUGGUCGUGGUCGCGGCGGCCGCGGUAGAGGUCGUGGACGCGGGCGUAACGGCGGACGUGGCAGGGCCGGCCAUGGAUUUCCGGGUAACAAUGGCGGCACAUAUUCUUUUGGUAACGGCAGCAAUGGCCCCAUACCUUUUGGACAACAUUACUCCUGGCAACUCUUACCCACAUGGGCCGGCCCACCUAGUGGGUCUUCUCAACAUCAACAGUGGACUAAUUGGGCCCAAGUUCCACCUUGCCCCUAUCCCACCAUGAACAAGCAUUCCAAUUCAGCUGCGGGUAUACUAGGCCCACGUCCAACUCAGUCUUUUACCGCUAAUCACACGCCCACAGACAUCAAUCAAGCUAUGUAUGCAAUGGCGCUCAAUGACCCCUCUUGGGCUAUGGAUACGGGUGCCACAGGUCACAUGACUUCUAACUCUAAACUCUCGUCUUCUUUUAAUAAUAGCAUUAUUCGUAACAUCAUUGUGGGGAAUGGUCAAACCUUUCCCGUGCAUGGACAAGGCGACCUUACCCUACCCCCUCCCCUUCCACCUUUUAAACUAAACCAAGUCCUUUACACACCCUCGCUCAUUAAAAACUUACUUCCUGUUCGUCGUUUUACUACCGAUAACCAAUUAUCUAUUGUGUAA